GCAAGCAAGCGGCGUGAGGGGUAGGCCUAAAUCUAAUGGUUAGACUCUGAAAUUAGCUUUUUUUUGGUUCAGCUGCCGUCUCCUCUAUCGCUUUCAGCUCCAUUAAUUAUAUAUAUAAAAAUUGAAUUAUUCAUUCAUAAAAAAGCUGUAAAAGAAUAAAUACACGUAAAAGCGCCAUUGUAGAGAGAGAAACUCUAGAAGCGGGAAACUCUGAAACAUCUUUUCUCACUCAUCAUCUCUAUCAUCUCCUCUGGUUGGUCGUUCUCUUCUCAAGACUUUGUAUGAUUCCAUGGAGGUUGAACACCGAGGAUUCUCCAUCAGAGAGUACACGCGUAACGUAAGGAGUGUUCAAGUACGAAAAUGUUGGCCCUUCUCCGGAGAUAUCACCGGUGAUCUUAUUCAUUCCCUUCUUCCUCCCAUCACCGUUUCCAAGUUCCGGUGGUGGUCGCAUGAGCUAGCCUCGCUGCUUACGAAAUCUCCUCCGGUUGCCCUGGAUGAUGAUGAUUCCGAUCCUGUCUCUCGUCGUACGGCCAAUGCUAAGUCUAAACCGUGUAAGAAGCGCUCCAUCGUCGAGAUUUGCGCGGCGGCGCCGAAGAUUCAGUUACCGCUCAGCGAUGAUGAUUCCGACGACGUCUUAAUCGGUUCAAAGAGAAAGAGAAGGAGAGAAGAUCUUGUGGUGCAGACGAAGAAGACGAUUCAAAACAACAAGUCCAAAGAUUCCGGUGAUCGGAAUUUUGUUAACAAGGUUGAUAAAUGUAAAGAAGAAAGCUCUGGUGUUAUACCUCGUACGAGCAACGAGGCUGGAUCAGUCAGUGAAGAUCAUGGUUCUGAGUUUCAGAUUCCUGCAAUUUUGAUGGCUAAACGAAAAGGUAGUUUUGUGACUAGUCCUGAUAAGUCGAAAACUCAGUGUGAGAGGCAUCAUCAUGUGUUGUUCUCUGAUCAAUGUGGAAGUCCUACUCAAUUGAAGGAAAUUGCUGCCUCUUUGGAACUCUGCUGCUUGGAAAUGAAUAAGUUGAGUCUCUCUUCCUCCGAGGAUCAGUCAUCUGUAGCUGACAAGCAACCGAAGGUUAUGUCGAAUGAUCAGAACAGUGCCGUUAUGCAUCUAAAAUCUAGGCAACAAGUCAAGUUUCAUCAGCCUGCGGUUUCAGAAAGAAAACCAAGUCAUGCUCAAGCAAAAUCUGACUUUUCUUGUUUUCUUGGACUACAUCUUAGUUCACAUGAAAGAGUAAAGGAUGCAUUGGAUGUGGAGAGAGAGGGACAUUUGGUUCAACCUAUUCAGUCGUUUAUCUCUACUGCGAGUGAGAGUCCGUACAGAAGUUGUUCUGCUUUUUCACCAAAACCUGCAUCAGCUGAUUUGCAUUGCGGGACAUUGCCUUACCAAUCACCUUUUGAUCCACUUCUAGUUGAAUGGAUGCAAAAUUCAGUUAUAUAUAAUAGGCAAAGGCAUGUGGGAGAGGCGAUCUUAGGGUUCCCUCUAAAUUUACAAGGUGACCUAGUUGAUGCAACUGGAGAGAGUUGUAGAAGUUUUGAUCGGUCUGGUUUAUGUACUGGUUCCUCUAAAUCUGGAACAACAGAAAAUGAUCUUUUACUGGCAAAUGUAAUGGACUUUUCCAGUGAAAAGAAGCAUUUAACUGAGCCAGAACUUGCCAAAGACAGUGUAGUGCAUAACGAGAAACGCCACAAGUACUUUCCUGCUAGGUUAGGCCUUGAUGAGACCUUUACAGAAAAAGCAUAUUUCACAAACACUGAUGAUAAAGAGUGCGGUCACACUGUACAUUCACCGGUUUCUGAAGUCAAUCCGAGGAGCCACGCAAUCGAUAUGUGGAAGCAGAAUAGUCUGCAUCGGAACCUAGAUAACAGAAAUAUGAUUUCAAAGCGUGAUGGUUUGUGUUUACAAAACUCUCAAGCAACAAUGCGGCUGAUGGGUAAAGAUGUUUCUGUCGGAACAAGUUACUCAGGUACGGUUAGAACAGGCGAGAGGAUCAUUGCACCGGAUGCUUCUACAGUUUACUCCUCUCUUGGGAGCCAUACUCACCAGAGCUUGCUAUGGCGUAGGACAACACUUGAAGUUUCACAAAAUUAUUCAACCACAACGCUGGAGAAGAGUUGGAGCCAAGCUUUGCUACAUGAUAUUUCAAAGGAUCUCUUUCCUUUGUCUUGUGAAACACAUGUCAGCUUGGCUUCUCAAUCAAGAACAGAUGUUGUUCCAAAUUCAGGGUUUCCUCCCACAAUUAUGAAUCCAUGUUGCUCCCUCGCGUCUUUUCCAUGGUCUGAUAGGGAUCUCAGCGUCCACGGAUAUGGUUUAGGGGAACCAAACAGUUUCACAUUCAGCCAGCAACAACUACCUUUUCCAUCUAUUUACAACAAUGUGGAUAUUGGUCUCCAACAUGAUGCUAGAAAACCACCUUUUGGAUUGCCUUUCUCCUGCGCGGAUUCUACUAGACGGUCACAGGCUCCUUGGCCUCAAAGUUCAUUUGAGAGCUCUGGUUCUGGCAUGUCUUUCAUCAAUCCCAUUGAGCAACAACAAGUGUCCUUCUAUGGGUCCAAGUCAUCUACUUAUAUAAACGGUAAUGGAACAACAAAUAAGCGGGUAGCGUCAUCUGUAGAGGAAUUUCCAAUGAAGAACCAUAAAUUCCCCAAGUUGCCAAUGCAAGGUGGCUUAAACUACGGGAAAGAGUUUUUUUGCUGGCCAUCAAAUUAGAAAAUCACAAUUCUAAAAGUCUAAGAGGUAAACAAAAUAACCUUCUUAUUGGUUUAGCCAUCCCUGGUAUGUUUUGCAUCUAUAAUUGUGUGU